AUGUCCAACCGAAAUACAAAAUCUAAGAGCCCUAAGAUUAAAAAACCAUAUAAUUUUGACAAAGAUUUAAUGAAAUAUCUUAUUUUAUAAAAGAUAACCAAACCAUCUGCCCCUGUUGAGAUGAUCACCAAAACUUAACCUGAUGAAGAUUCGGAGGUUGAUGAUUUUAAAUAAGAAAUAGAAAUCAAGUAUUCUAUUAUACCUAUACGUAUUUCUAGAUUUAAGAAAUGUAAAAUCAAUCACUCCUUCAAGUUUCCCAAAGAAAACUACGAAUCUUCAUCCGAUAACUCUCUCUCGUCUCUCAAAGAUGUCACUCUCUAUUAGUUGAAUUAAGACAAUAUAGAACGUCUCACAGAUGCAACCUAACCAUAAUUCAUUAAACUGCUUAACGAAAGAUUAAUCAAAUUAACAGAUUAGAUUUAAGAUGACACCCUUUCCAUCCAAAAGCCAAUCCCGAAUCCAAAAUCUUCAAGGUUGAUCUCCCAAUAAAUAUCAAGAUUAUAGAAGGUGCGUGGUUAGAACCUAUCCAACUCCUCCUUAGCCAAGUAGACUGAUUAAACAGCAGCAAGUCAAGGCAGAGAGAGUGUGACCAAUAAAGUUAAUUCAAAUAUAGGCUUCAGAGCCACGCCAACCUUGUCCUCAGAAAAGAAGAAUCAAUCCAAACAAAUUCAACAAAUAUUAAAAAUUGCACAAUAAAAGUAGUUAAAUAAUAACAUCAAGUAUUUUAUUUGGUUAUUUUAGUAAUACAUUCUAUAAAAGGUCUGCGUAAGCCAAAACUAGCUACUUCAAUAGCAAUAAUAAUGCUGGCGAUAGAAAAAACAUAGAAAACAUUAAAAUUAAGACAGAAUAUGAUGAUUAAGAUGCAAAUUUAAAUUAAUUUUACAUACUUCCAAAAUCCAGGUACAUAUUAAUUUUAUAUUUCUCUCCUUCAUCAGACCUAAAAACAGAGAAUCCAAUUCUAAAUUAAAAAAAUAAGACACUUCUUAAGGUCAUAAAAUGUUAAAUUACACUAUAGACAACCAUAUUUUAGAAUAAUUAAGAGGUACAAGGAAUGCUAAAAGUUAAAACAAAAAUUAUAAAAAUUGA